CCACUAUGGAAAUUAAUAGACAGACAUCUACAUCAACAUUCAUUGAUCCUAACAUGUGAAGGAGAAUUUUUAAUGAAAGAUAAUAUUUAUGAAGCAGCCAUUCAAGAAACAUAUAAUUUUUGCAAAGAUAAUUCAUUAAUUUUAAUUUGGCAAUAUUUGUGGAUGGAAUGGUACAGUGAAUCAAAGUGGCCAUUAUGGGCACGCUCACCAUGUGAAAAUAUGAUCUCCAUAUAA